CGUGGUGGUUUGUCCGGUGCGGCCUGGCGGGUGCCGGGGGACUGCGGAACCGCGCGGCCCUGGACCCACGCUGACUCCGGCCCGCACCUCAGCGCACUCCCGUCCCUCGUUCCACAUUGCCCUGCCCAGCUCCCCGAUGCGCACCACCCCUUUUGUACCUUCCUGGUAAACGUAAAAAUCCCCUCAGAAUUGCCAAGAAAUUCCUCCCAAUAAAAGUAUUGCGGUGAGGCGGGCGUGCUAAUGCACGCCUUUAAUCCCAGCACUCUGGGAGGCAGAGGUAGGAGGAUCGCUGUGAGUUCGAGGCCAGCCUGAGACUACAGAGUGCAUUCCAGGUUCCGUCCAAACACUUUAAAGGGUCGGGUGUUCCCCCAAAAUGAGUUUGGUGAUUAGAAAUCUCCAGCGAGUCAUCCCCGUCAGGAGAGCACCACUUCGCAAAAAUAUGGAGAUUGUGAGGACUAUUUUAGGAGUGCAGAAAUUUGACAUGGGGAUCAUCUGCGUUGACAACAAGAAUAUUCAGCACAUUAAUAGGCUCUACAGAAAGAAAAACGUUCCAACCGAUGUGCUUUCUUUUCCAUUUCAUGAGAAUCUGAAAGCAGGUGAAUUUCCUCAACCAAAAUUCCCAGAUGAUUAUAACUUGGGGGACAUUUUUCUAGGAGUGGAAUAUAUCUUCCAACAGUGCAAAGAAAGUGAAGAUUAUUAUGACAUCCUGACCGUGACAGCCACCCAUGGACUCUGUCACCUUCUAGGCUUCACACACAGCUCGGAGGCUGAGUGGCAGAAGAUGUAUGGACAAGAGAAACUGGUCCUGGAGGAGCUGAGCCGCCACACUGGAACCAGGCUCCAACCCCUGAGCAGGGGCCUCUACUGACUCCCCAGAGGCUCCAAGAUACAGAGAGGGGUUUAUGUACUGAAGAUAAGGCCCAGAGUGGAUCUCUGCUAUUCAUGCUGUCCUGAGAGGCUGCAGAGGCAUCAGCCUGUGCUGACGAUAAAUUCCAUGAGUGGAACGUGGCUUCCAGAAGUACAAGAGAAGUGUCUAUUUAGAAGGCUGUCUUCAUUAUUGUGAAGAGAACGGUUUUAACCCCUUACUGAGAGGCACGACACAUAAGCCUAUAGGCUUCUUUGGUACGGAUCUUCCUUGGAACUGGGUGAAUGAAAUACUAUGCUUCCUGCCUGUAACUUGCAGAAAUAGAACCAGCAGCCAGAGCACUGGAGUAUUUUCUUCAUAGGUGGGUGGGCUCCUGCCAGCAAGCAGACUGCAGAGAGCUGGGCUUCAACCCUAACCCUCGGGAGCUCUGUGACCUGGCCUUGCUGCUAUCUCCCAAGAGGAAGAAGAUGCAGAAUUGCCCUGCACCCACCCCCCCAUCGCUUCUGAGGCAUUGGCCGCAAACCCGACCUGGAAAUGCUGGUAUCUGAUGACCAGAGGAGGGGAACUGGUGGCUUUCUGCCUCUGUGCUUGCUGAACCCCUCCCCUGGUCAGUAUUGCUUAUUUCUCUUCUAAAAUUGAAAUUAGAGCCAGGCGUGGUGGCACACUCAGGAGGCAGAGGAAGGUGGAUUACCAUGAGUUUGAGGCCAGCCUGAGACUACAUGUGAAUUCCAGGUCAGCCUGGACUAGAUUGAGACCCUACCUCGAAAAAAAAAAAAAAUUAGCCAGCUCCCAUCUUCAGCCCCUAUAUUGGGCAAGGCGGGCCAGGAGUACAGUGGCCUCUGACCCCCUCCCAGGCAUGGUGGAUCCUGCAGCGAGCACACACUUUUAAGAUGCAGCCUCUUAGAUUCCUUCUUCAGUCCUCAAAUCUGCUGGUAGCAUUCUAAUCAUUUGUCUUGUGGAUUUAAGUUCCCUGAAAAAGCCACAUCAGUGCUGACUGGAACUCCCACGAUUGGCAGAGAGUUGGAAUACUGCAGAUUCAGAGCUAAAAUGAUCUCAGGUGGUCUUUAAUCCCCUUAAGAGCAACCUAUUACCAACCUCUGUAUCUGAUACCCUUCACCAGGUAAAACUUUAGAAUAUAUUUAACUUAGGAGAGCACUGGCUCCCACCAACCCAAAUGCUAAGACUGCCACCAGGUAGCAUCUGAGAGCUACAGCAGUCUUCCCCACUUUGAGUUAAGCCACCUUCCUGAUGCCCUUACCAAUGCGUGUGGCAAACACAUCGACUUAUGGCUCUCUUCUGACCAGAAGAGUUCAUGUAACAUGAUGACUCAGAACAAAUUGAACCUGUGAUUCCAGGCCAUGGUCAUUCACACUUGACUCAGAAUAAACUGUGCCUCUUUA